CCCCUGUGCCCUUUGGUGCCCUGCAGGUCCCCAGAGCAAAGUGUCCCGGUGCCAACCCAACGAGCACAACUGCCUGGGCACGGAGCUGUGCAUCCACAUGAGCAAACUCUGCAACGGCCUCCACGACUGCUUCGACGGCUCCGACGAGGGCCCGCACUGCAGGGAACAACUGGCCAACUGCUCAGCCCUGAACUGCCAGCACCACUGUGCCCCAACGCUGUCCGGCCCCGUGUGCUACUGCAACCACUCCUUCCAGCUGGCUGAGGACAGGAGGAGCUGCAGAGACUUUGAUGAAUGCACCGUGUAUGGGACCUGCAGCCAGACAUGCACCAACACAGAGGGCUCCUACACGUGCAGCUGUGUCGAGGGCUAUCUCCUGCAGCCAGACAACAGAUCCUGCAAAGCCAAGAACGAGCCCGUGGAUCGCCCUCCUGUGCUGCUCAUUGCCAACUCCCAGAACAUCCUGGCCACGUACCUGAGCGGGGCCCCCGUGCCCAACAUCACCCCCACCAGCGCCAAGCAGACCACGGCCAUGGACUUCAACUACGUGGAGGACACGGUCUGCUGGGUCCACGUGGGUGACAGCGCCUCCCAGACCAUCCUCAAGUGUGCCAAGAUCCCCAACCUGAAGGGCUUUGUGGAGGAAAGGUCCAUCAACAUCUCCCUGAGCCUGCACCGUGAGUGUCCGUUCGCUGUUCUGCUCCCCCAUCCCCAAUUCCCAGGCCAUGGUGGGUGGAACUGGGAAGGAACUUCCCACAGGUCAUUCCCUUUCCUUUUUUAUUAUUUCUAAUAAUUUAGUAAUUUC